AUGAACAAUAUGUUGCACAACUUCCGAGAAACACUCUUCGGCGGCACACCACGGUCCCGCACACCGGCGCCCUUGGAUAUGAACGUGGAAAAGGUCCCGGCCACUGCGCCGCAGCGCAAGCGCAAUGCCGCCGAUGACUUUCUGGAUACCGCCUCGCGCUCGCGCAUCAAGCGGGGCUAUGGCAAAGCGUCGCGCCGCAUGUACGACGCCUCAAAGUCGUCGCCGCUGGAUGCUGUCUCGGCCGAGAGCUCGCGCUUGGGCUUUGUUAGGCGCUCUCAAGUUACAGUUACGGUGCCAGAGUCGCCGCACAAACCUACCGUCGAGUCCGCAGCCGACGACAGCAUCGUAGUCGCGAGCGACGCACAUGGUGCCCAAGACGAAGACGACGCAGACGAUGAUGUCGACGAGCCCGACGCGGCCAAUGACGUCAGCUUGCCCCCGCGCGCUGGCAGCAUCGAGCUCCUAAGCAGCCCGUCGCGCUCAAAUCGUUCAAGCGGGCUCCCGAAACGCGGAUCGGCCAGACUACCAACCCCGGAAGUCCUCGAGUCCAACCGUGCCCGAAAUUCUGCGACUGACGAAGCCGAGCAGAGCCGCCAAGUCUCGGAUGCACCAUCUGAGGCGGAAGAUGGCGAGGAUGGCAGUGGGGACAAGUCUCCUCGGCAAGAGUCUGAGCCCGCCAGUCCUGCCCCCACACCUGGACACGAUGGCAAAAAUAUAGAAGGAAACGAAGGAAACACUGCCCCGGACGCUAAUGACGAGGACUUGGGCGAGGAUGAGCCGCUUGAGGCCACCGCGCCGUCUCCCACAAAGGCCAAGUCGCCUCGACCAGCAUCGACUCGCGACGACGACGACGACGACAGAGAAGAAUACUCCGAAAUGCCCGAGGACGGCAUCGUUCUCCUGCAGCCCGACUCGGAGGCGAUGCCGAUAGUCCUGUACGACGACGUAAGCGACGAAAGGUACACCAUCCGGGCCAUCCUCAAACACCGACCCAACGAGCACGUCAAGCACGCGUUCGAGCUCCAGAUAAGCUGGGUCGGCUACAAGGAGCCGUCGUGGGAGCCCGAGCGGAGCAUCCAAGCCCAGGCCCCCGAGCUCCUCUACAAGUACUGGAGCGACCUCGGCGGGCGGCCCGAGACGGGUGCCUUCAGGGUCUUUGCGGUACUUAGGCACUGGACGGACCCCGGCGCGACCAGGGCGAAACGAGGUCGACCAAGCAAGGGAAAGCAGGCCGAGACACAGGCGCCUGCCGGUGAUCGCGCGACCACCGGCAGGAUCAAGACAAAGACCAAGUACGAGGUGCAGUGGGAGGGUUAUCCGAACGAGAAGCAGUGGAACUCGGUCGAGACCGACAUGCGCUUGUCAAAGAUAGCGCCUGAGGAAUUGGCCGUUUACUGGGAGCAUUUCGAGUCCCGAUCAAAGGGCGAAAAUACAGAGUAG